AUGGACCCUGUAACUUUUCUUUCUGUUGCUUUCCAGCUUUAUGGAACCAAUGUGGAAGGAAAGUUUGUGGAUUCAACUGUAAAACUUAAAGAGAAGAUGACACUGGAUUGUGUAUAUCCGAAGAAAGCCAUGGUAAUCCAGACAUCCUGGCUGAAAAGUAAUACAACUCACACAAAAAAUAUAGCAGUCUUGCAUCCAGACUAUGGCAUACAUAUUGAAGAUAAUUACAGAGGAAGAAUUCAUUUUAAAAAUGAUUCCAGGGAAGACAAUUCCUUAUUCUUCAUCAAGAGCACUUUGGAAGAUGUUGGUCUUUACUUUUGCUCCAUUCAAACUUAUCCAGAUGGAAUUUGGGAAAAGGUAAUAAAGGUUAUUCAGCCAGCUGACGCUUUUGAAGUCCCUGAGAAACAAAAUAACCCUGUGUUUCGUGAGCCAGGAGGCAAUGUCACUUUAUCUUGCCCUUAUAAAAUUGGAGGUUCAGUGCAGCAAGUGGUGUGGGAAAGAAUUAAAGCAGAUCGGAUAGAUAGCAUUGUCCUGUGUAACUCAUUAGGGCAGAAAAAUUUUGGUUCAGAUUUUGAAGAGCGUACACUGGUGGACUGUGCUCCCGAGGCAAGCUCCAUGAUCGUCGUUCAAAACAUUACAGCUUCUGACACUGCAAUAUACCGUUGUGUAGCUACCGGAAGAAACAAAACCUAUGCGAUGAGUUUUAUAGUGGCUGCAACUUUGGAUCAUCAGUGGUUUAUUAAGUACAUCGCUGGAGGAAUUUCUGCUGCUUUCUUACUGUUACUUUCUGAUUAUUGCAAAAAAAAGAAGAAGAAGAGGAUCACGCAGGCCUCAGCAAAAGCUUUGUACUCUACUCAGCUGCAGCCUCUUAACAGUUAUGGAACAUCCAAUUUUCAUGGUACACAGCACACAGGAAGAAGAAGAGAAGAGUCAUCGCUCAGCGAGACAGAGAUUUACGUCAACUGCAGAAACGUCUCACACUAACCUGAGAGAAGACUGCUAACUUCCUUCUCAGAAUGAAGUAACCAAAGUGCCAUCAGUGGAUUUGCAUCUUACACUGGGUUCUGUUUGCACCGGCUUGAUGCGGAAAGUUAAAGUGGCUGUUCCCAGUGCCACCUGGGCUGCCACAGCUGGGCAGUGCCGGUGCCUGCGCCCACCUGCUUAAUGUUACACCAAGUAUGUCUUUCUACAUUGCAGCCUACAGCACUGACAUAUCGUCUGAUUCAUAUGUACAAGUAAAGGCUA